GUAACAUCUCCCUCUACCACGUCGGACUGAGACCACAGGCACGGGCAACAGAUGGCGUUCUACAGAGUAUCCACUUCUGGUUCUACAGCGUCCUCAUAAAAAUCGUCCCGUGUCUGCUGCUCAUCUUUCUCAUCUUCUUCAUCAUCAGGGCCAUGUAUAUAGCCAAAAGGAGGAAAGAAAACCUAAUCAAGAUGGGGACGCCGUCGAUGGAGAGCGAUAAGAAGCUGCCGAGGAUGGAGAAGCUCACGGAGAAAACCACCCGGAUGCUGCUCACCGUGCUGUUGCUGUUCCUGCUGACGGAGCUGCCGCAGGGGGUGCUCGUGCUCCUCUCCGGCAUCUACGGGCAGACCUUCUUCAUGAAGUGCUACCUCCACUGGGGCGAGGUGAUGGACCUGCUGGCCCUCAUGAACGCCGCCGUCAACUUCCUGCUGUACUACGUGAUGUCGCACCAGUUCCGCGUGACCUUCCGCUCCCUCUUCAGCCCGCCGGUGCCCGUCAACCUCUCCCCCAGGCUGCCCGGGGAUAACCGUGUCGACGCAGCUCUAGGGAACGCCCUCCUUCGCCCCUCGCAGGACGGCGGCGAUCGAGAGGGCGUGGCGGCGCGAGUCGUGCUGUUGCCACUGCUUGCGGACGACCGCCGGAGGCAGCGGCGACGACGAUGACGACCGCCUCGAGUUGAGAGCGAUUAGGCCUUCGUCAGGAAAGAUAGUCUGAUGGAGGGCUAACGGAAGGCGCUGUCCUGUGAGGGGCUUUGCUGCCUCUUCUUUUUUUUUGUGCGUGCGAGAGAGCCACUUGAUUCGCGUUUCCGUCUUGAGCCGUUUUUCUCUUGUUCGU